GCUAGCGACAUUUGUAACCAAACCACCGAGCCAAAUACAUCGUUGCUGUUUUGUAGCGUGCCUAAAUUUCAAAUUUUCUCACCAUGGCAUUUAAAAGCUUUGUUUUGUGCGCAGCACUAUUACUUUAUUGUUUCACACUAUCUCAUACACUGCCAAGACUGCACAACAUUCAUAAAAGAAGUCUACGGUUAUGUGGGAAAAUGCUAGUGGAAGCUCUUGCUGCAAUUUGCCAGAAUGAAUAUUAUGAUCCUAGCCAUCAAAUAAUGCGUAAAAGAACUUACGCUUAUAGUUCAGAUUCUUAUCCUAUUUUAGAAAGCUCCUAUUCUGAAGAGGGAGGCUCCUAUUCCAUCGACCCUCAAGAAUCCUUCGAAUUUUUCAGCAUGAAUCAACUACCCCGCAAUCCCAGGGGCGUUGCGGACGAAUGUUGCAGAUUUCCUUGUUCCUUGCAACAAUUAAUAUCUUACUGUAGUACGGAUUCAGAUAGAAAAUAA